CUGGAGAAGCUGCUGCUGCCUGUGGUGGGAAAGCUGCAGCUGUGCGCACCCCCAACCUUUCUAAAUAAAGAAGGACUGAUCGCAUCACUCUGGGAGGUGAAUGAAUAAUGCACAGCAUGGAGGCUCAUUUACAUAAUUGAGAACUGGAGGAAUAAGCUUUGCUUUAAUUCUGUGUUUGUGGACGAACUGCCGGACUGUACUAAAUUGAGUUACAGUACAGUAAUGCGCCUCGAAGGAUUUCCUAGAGGCGCCCAUUCACAAGGCUGGUGUGAGAGCUCCUUCCCAACACCUGGGCUGCGUAAGGCUGAAUAGAUGAACACACACAGCUGCUGUAGCCAUGGGAUGUGGCACUUCUGUUGCCACUGAGAGCCAAACAAAGCAAUCAGAGAAAGAGUUGACUUACAAAUUCUUUUAUUCAAUUACUCAACGUGCAGAUGAGUCUCCCAAGGCUCCCUCUCCGGCACUAGCUAUGAAGGCAGCGGUUCUGAUCCAGCGCUGGUACAGGCGCUACAUGGCUCGGAUAGAGAUCAGGCGACGAUACACAUGGAGCAUCUUCCAGUCCAUCGAGUACGCUGGGGAGCAGGACCAGCUGCAGCUGUCCAGCUUCUUCACUUUCAUGCUGGACAACUUCACUCGCCUUGGUGGGGCAAGCCCAGACUUGAUUUCCCAGUUCCUGGACCCCACAAGUGACCCCAUGGAAGAGGAAGGCAGAGCAGCAAAGUACGAGAAGAUUGAGGUUCCAGACUCCUACCCUGGCCCCCGUCUCUCCUUCCCCCUCACUGUUGCACACACUAACGCAUUGCUCAGAGCAUUCAAGCAGCAGCAGCAGCAACUACAUGCCCGCUAUGUUCUACAGUUACUACAUGAAACAAAGAAAUUCUUGAAGAAGAUGCCAAACAUCAUCCACUUGUCGACAUCCUACACCAAGGAAAUCACAAUCUGCGGUGAUUUACAUGGAAAACUGGAUGAUCUGCUGCUUAUAUUCUACAAGAAUGGACUUCCUUCAACUGAAAAUCCUUACGUGUUUAAUGGUGAUUUUGUUGACAGAGGGAAGAAGUCAGUGGAGAUUAUAAUAAUCCUAUUCGCCUUUCUACUUCUGUACCCCAAUGAUAUGCAUUUAAAUCGGGGAAAUCAUGAGGAUCACAUUAUGAAUCUGAGGUAUGGAUUUACAAAGGAAGUUAUGCAGAAAUACAGGUCUCACGGGAGGGAGAUAUUGCUACUGCUGCAGGAUGUCUUCAGCUUGCUUCCUUUAGCAACCAUAAUUGACAAUAAAGUUCUCAUCGUCCACGGAGGGAUAUCGGAUAUGACAGACCUGGAUUAUCUGGCUUCAAUAGAGAGACACAAGUUUAAGUCAGCACUGAGGCCCCCCAGGAUGAGCAUAGACAGUAGCCAGGAUGAGGGCAGAAGACAGACCAAGGGCCAGUUACCAGCUCAGUCUUCAGAUGGCCACAGGAGCAUCUCCACAAAAUACAGUAGCAACCAUCUGAUGAAACAGAGCAGUGGAGCAUCGUCAUCAUCCUCCUCCUCCUCGCUAUCUUCCUCCAUCCCCAAGUCCCACAGAAUGAGUGACGUCCAGGAGAAGGACACCAGCAUGACCAGCAACGGACAGCACCCACUCCAUCACAGGAGCAUCAGCCCCACGGGUAUACUGGAGGUGCCCUUCCUAGACUCCGACGUCACCAUCACUCCAAGAGUGCCAAGCUGGGAGGAGAUGGAGUGGAAGCAGAUUGUGGAUUUGCUUUGGAGUGACCCCAAAAACCAAAACGGCUGCAGCCCCAACAGCUUCCGAGGGGGAGGCUGUUACUUCGGACCUGAUGUCACGCUCACAUUGCUGAAGAAGUACCAGCUGAAGAUGCUGAUUCGUUCACACGAGUGCAAACAGGAGGGCUAUGAGCUCUGCCAUGACGGGCAGGUGAUAACAAUUUUUUCUGCCUCCAACUACUAUGAAGAGGGCAGUAAUCGUGGGGCCUACAUUAAGCUUGGCCCGGAUCUGGUGCCACGUUUUUUCCAGUAUCAAGUCAGUAAAUUUACUAGGAGGAUGACACUGCAGCAGAGAGUAAGUGUGGCUGAAGGUUCUGCUCUCAAAUCUCUGCGAGAAAAGCUGUAUGCUCACAGAUCAGAGCUCAUCGCUGCCUUUAAACAAUACGACACUUACAACACAGGAACUGUUUCCACCAGCGACUGGGCCUCUGCAGUGGAGUCGGUCCUACGCCUUGAUCUCCCCUGGAGGACACUGCGCUCGCGGCUCGUCAGGCUGGCUCCUGACGGGAGCGUCGAAUACCUCUCCUGCUUUGAAGAUCUGCACAUGGAACAGCCCAUUAAAGAGGUUACACCAAGCUUGGUGGAGACACUGUAUAGGUAUCGAACAGACCUGGAGAUAAUAUUCAAUAUGAUUGACAAGGAUCAUUCAGGACUGAUUUCCAUUGAGGAGUUCCGUCAGACCUGGAGGCUGUUCAGCUCGCACCUGCACAUCCACGUAGACAACGCAGCCAUCGACGACCUGGCCCGCAGUAUUGACUUCAAUAAGGAUGGCAGCAUCGACUUCAAUGAGUUUCUGGAGGCGUUCCGCGUGGUGCACAAACUGGACUCCAAAGAAAAACACUAAAGGGUUUUUUAUUUUAUCUUAAACACCCUGUGACGUUUACCACAUUCUCACUGCUUACCAUUACUGCCUCCUGUACAGUAUGUGAUUAUUGAGACAUUGUUACAUUAUGCCCAAGCUCAUAACUGAACUAAGGGAUUUAUGGGUUCUACUGCCACUUAAAAACAUUCAGUUUGCAGUUCAUGAUUGUUGAUUGCUGCAUGAUUCAAAGUACUAAGUUCCUGUGAAAGGGUAGUUUUGCGGUCAAGGCUAACAGGAAUAGCAGAGCCAGAAGACAGAGAUUGUAGUUCAAAAGCACUUUUCGUGGACUGUAACACACUAAAGGUUUAAACAAACAAAUACAAAAUCAGAGAAAUAAAGUACCCAAGCUUUGCUAUCUCGGUGCUCUGGCCUGUGAUCCUACCAAGAGCCCCCGAACAAAGAAACUGGCUCUUCUUUUAUACAGUUGGACAAACUUAAAUGGGCCAUUAUCCUGUCUGACCACAUUCCACAUGUGAAUUUUUGCAAGCACAAGGUUUUAACCAAAUCUGAAACUUUAUUUAUACAAAAACACACACACAACCACAUAAACAAUAUAUACAAAGUCACAUGUGUAGGACCUUAAAUAAAGUACUGUAUGACAUUCAGCUGUUCCCCGGCAGUGGCACUCCAAACUUGCCUCUGGGCACUGUCAGUGGCUCUGGUGGAACUCUGGGGCACUCUGGUAGUUGCUCUGACAGUUGCGCUGGCACUAGUGGAUUUUAUUCAUUUGAUUUCAUCUCUAGAUUUUAUUACCAGCUACGUGUAUCCUGCCAUGAUUCGCUUUGAACGACAAAGCUGGACUCAGAAACACCUGCUUAAAAAAACAAAGGGAAAAACAGACUUUUUUUGUGGCAGUUUGCCUUUUCCAAAAUGCUGACUAGAGUUAUUUCUGUAUCUUAGGUGACUUUCCUUUUCUGAGAUGCUCCAUAGCCCCAGCAAAGAAAUAAAAAGGGGUGAAUCAAGCUUGUUAUUUAUUAUUUCUUUAAUUUGAUUUGAUAAAUGAGUUAGUGCUUCAAACAUCAUAUACAUUUGUGGACUACUUUUCUUACCUGUUAAAUAUCCCUUUGAGUGUACUGUGUAAUUCUUUAGUGAUAUGUUGCCAGUAUAAUUAGUUGCUAUGCCAACUAUUCCAGCAAAAAACAAAAAUAAUAAUAAUCUAAAAAGAUUUUCUUAAGUGAGAUGGGGAAGCACAGUUUUGCGCAAUGCUUGACCUAUGGGCUUCAGUGCAUAGUGCAAAGCUAAUAUGUUUCCCACACACUAACUUUAAUCUAAUGUGAGAAGAAGGAAUUUUUUUAUGAAAUAAUUUUAAGUAUGGAUUAAUAAUCUCAACAGGAUGUUAAAUAUAUAAGAAAUUAGAUAUUAGGAUAACAUAGACUACAUAAAGUUACCUUUAAUUAAGGCUGACUGUCUCACUGUCCUUUUCCCUGGACAACACUCUUGACACAACAAGAUGAACAAAGAUUCAUAGUGCUGUGUGACGAGGUACACCCCAUCCCUGUGUGAGUGUAUUAUUUUGUAUUUGUUGUAUUAUUGUUUAAUUUGUAUAAAACACAAAGUUUUGUUAUUAUUAGCAUGCCCCAUCCAGAUAAAUUCGUGAGAACGCGUGGUCACCAGCGAGUGCUUAUUGAUAAACUGGCUGUUGACCACGCGUAUGAUAAAACCUGGGCUGAACGUGGUUGAGGGGUAAAUUAAGUAAUUGAUAGCCAUUAGACCCCUCGGUCACAAUAUAAAAGACCUGCAGCUUUGCCUGAACAGGGUGGGUUGUCCAGAGGAGGAAAGAGACAAUAAGAACAGAUACUGAAAGUAAACAAUUGCUACUCGUGCUGGCUUUAAACCAGCACGAUACUUGUUUGAUUUAAGCUGGGACCAAAUCAAAACUUUGACAACUGGCUAAUCGCACUUAACAAAACUGUAUUUAAUAGCGUUUUCUUUUAUGAGUAGAAGAAAUAAGAUAAUUACAAAAAAAAGAAAACGCUAUUAAAUACAGUUUUGUUAAGUGCGAUUAGCGGGUUGGCAAAGUUUUGAUUUCGUCCCAGCCUUAGUGUUCACUUUGUUUUGUGUUUUGUCUAUUUGGUUUGGCCAACGAGCCAUUUUGUUUUGCAAAGUGUUUUGUUUCUGUUUAAAUAUUUUAUUUAAUAAAGAAACACGCGCAUUUGCAUCUCACCCCGUAAUAAUUGCCUGUUGCGCAUUCCAUUCAUUUCCUGGCCUGACGUCACCAUAAAGCCAACUUGCCACACUUAGUAGUGGGAUAACAGUGCCUCUAAGACUCAGGCCAGAGAGAUGGUAAUGCGGGUCCUUUUUUUUGAAAAAAAAUUUAAAAAAAACAAGAGAAAUGGGAAAAAGAAGAAAUAAGGAAGUGGCGCUAGAGUCAGGCCAGCUGUGGGACUGGAUUAUGGCAAAUCCUGGGCUAGAGGACCAGACCAUCUCAGUGACAAUUAACCCUUUGCUGACUAAGCAGAAUGACCAUAUAUAUGGGCAUGAAUAUGACCACUUUGUGUUUUAGCGCUUGUAGUUUGGAAACCUUAAAUCAGAAAUUAAAAUCCAAUAUAUCUACAGAAAGGCAUUAAGUAGCUGUUUCCAAUGAUAUAAUGUAUUUUGUUGUGGAAUGUAUUAUAUUUGUUUCAUAUAAGCCAUGCCUCCCAAAAAUCUUGCCACAUGCUGGUAAUAUAUGAUGGUGUAAUUCCUUUAAUCUGUGCAGCUACUGUAUGUUGUUCAUUUUGUUUGCAUCUGUUAUACUUUCUGUAAGAGAGGAAUUUGUUUACCAAUUAGAUUUAUCCUUGCUUUGAUGUAAAGCUUUGUCACAGUUCAAAACAAUGUUUUUGAUUUGCAUCAAUUAUUACAUAUGAAUGACACAAUGUAGGGGUGUAUUUGGGGAAGCAUGAAUGUACAUAAUAUAACUGUAAAAAAAAAAGAUAUUUGUCUUCAAAUAAAUACUUUUUAUGGUGGUUUUUUUAUGUAAAAAAAAUAAAUAAA